AUGAGUGUCGCGUCAAUCGUACUGCAAUGGAUGAAGACAGCAUGUCGCCAUCAUCACGCAUCGCUGUAUAAGCCAAUACUAGCUGCCCGACGUGUGUAUUCAACCACACAAUCACCAGCAUCACCAACAUCAACACCCAAAAUAUCGUCCAUACUGCCACCUGCAACAAAUCCAACUGCAUCAUCAUCAACUAAAGUAUUCAGACCAACAAAAUGUCCAUCAUGUGGAGCCCCCUUCCAAACAACACAUCCCGAUAAUCCAGGCUACCCUGCAAAAGGCCAUACGUGCUGUGAGCGAUGUCGAAAAAUAAAAUUCGAAAACAUUGCUUCAAAGAGAUCCAUCACGGAUAUCGGCACGCUAUGGAAGCAAAUACAUGCCGAUAUACUAAAGCACCCUUACCCACACCCAGAGUCACGAGUCCAUGUCGUGAUAGAUUGGAGUGAUUUACCUGGUAGCAUCAUACCAAAUCUAGCACAACAUUUACGGACUCUAGUAGAUCCACGGUCACCACCGGGCAAAGCACAGCGGGUGUCGAUUGUCAUUAACAAGAUUGACUUGUUGCCCAACAGAAGGAAUAAUCUCAAGAAAUAUUUAGAACCGUGGAUACAAGACUUGAAUGUCGGUCAUAUACAUGUCGUAUCGGCUCUAUCUGGAUACAACAUGAAGGAAUGGUUGAAAUCUAUAUCUAGUAGACGGACGUACUUGAUUGGGACGACAAAUGUCGGGAAAUCGAAUCUUAUAUCUGCUGCUAGAGUUAUACUGGAAGCUCCUCAAAUAAUUCGAGACAAAGGAUACGAAGCGGCUGCUACUCUGAAGAAAUUAGGUGCUGCAAUCGUUAAUGGUGAACUAGUGCUUAACAGACGUCGCCCCGAAUCUCUGUUAUUAAGUAGUAGCAUACCAGGAACAACAGCAGAUAUAAAUGUCGUCAAGCUGGGUGAGCGUCAUACACUUAUAGAUACUCCUGGCAUCCUAAAUCCCGAACAAAUAACCAACUAUCUAAACCCCAACGAACUAAAACUCGUAAUCCCGACACGUCCACUCAAACACCGACCAAUUAACAUCCAAUCUGGACAGAGCAUUCUCCUUGGCGGCCUAAUCCGCAUCGACGUAAUCGCAACAGAACCAGACAAGAAAAGCAUUCAAAUAACACCUCACAUAUCACAUAGAAUCAGACCACACAUGUGUGGAACACAUAAUGUGCAGAGCUUACUAGAUAAACAUCUCGGAAAGGACAAAGUACUUAUACCGCCGCUGCGACGAGAUUUCCCAAGAUGGAUUCGGGCCAAGGAGAUUGUAAUGGAAGGGCCUGGUGGUGGUGCGUAUCUGGUGGGUGAUGUGGCGUUUGCAGGGUUGGGGUGGAUUAAUGUUUCUGCUACGGUGGAUAAGGUUACGCUUGUUAUUUGGAGUAUUGAUGGGCUGGGUGUUACUUCUAGACCGUCGUUGUAUAUGGGAGGGCCGUAUACGCCGAUACCAAGGACGAAGAAAGCAAGUAGCAGUAAUGAUGGGCAGUAG